CGGCUGCGCAUGUGAGGCGGGACUUCCGGCGGCGUCCUCAGGCUGUAGUCCCCUUCGCGUUCCGGGAGGGUUUGGCUGGUGUAGCGCGCGGGGAACUACGGGUUAGUUGGGAGUGGAAGGAAAGUGUCGGAAGAGGAGUCAUUCCCGCCGCGGAGGCCGCUGCGAGGCUCUUCUGUCCCCGCUCGGUCGCCCGCCGCUCCCCGCCCCGCUCCUCCCGCCGGUCGUUGGCGGAGUCCGCGCCGAGGAAGCCGGCUCAGGUUCUGCUUUCAGCAGAUGCACUUAUGGACCCUGCACCGAGCUCUGUGACCUUUGAGGACGUGGCUGUGUACUUUUCCCAGGAGGAGUGGCGAUUUCUUAAUAAGGCUCAGAAACACUUGUACCACGAUGUGAUGCUGGAGGUCUUUGCACUCAUUGCCUCACUGGGUGGCGGCCAGGGAGCAUUGGAGGCGGCAGCACCCUCUGAGCAGAACGUGUCUGGAGGAGGGUCACAGAAGGCCUACGCCCAGGACUGUAGCCUGGACACAAACCCUGGCCAGACCACCUGUGGGAUGCAGGGGCAUGUUCACCAGCAUCCGAAGCAGCACAGUGUGGGGCAGCCCCUCAGAAGGAACUUGCAAAGCUGUGCCACCCACACGUCAGGGAAGCCCUUCCGUGCUAGCUCAGGCCUUCUCCAACAGCAGCUCCUUCACAGCCAGGAGACACCCCCUAAGACCACUGACUGCACGGACUACCAGUGCAGUGACUGCGGGAAAGCCUUCUGUCGCAAAUACAGACUUGCUCAGCACCAGAGAGUGCACACCGGAGAGCGGCCUUAUGAGUGUGCUGAGUGUGGGAAAACCUUCAGCUACAAACACAUACUUGUCCAGCACCGGAGAGUGCACACCGGGGAGCGGCCUUAUGAAUGCAGCGAGUGCAGCAAAGCCUUCGGUAACAAACCCACGCUGGUGCGCCACCAGAGGAUUCACACUGGAGAGAGGCCUUACGAAUGCAGCCACUGUGGGAAAUUCUUCAGCCAGAGCUCCAGCCUUAGUGAACACGAGAGAAUUCACACUGGGGCACGGCCUUACAAAUGUGGGGAGUGUGGGAAAUUCUUCACCUCCAACUCCAACCUAAUUAAACACCGGAGAGUGCACACGGGAACAAGGCCUUAUGAGUGCAGUGAGUGUGGGAAAUUCUUCAACCAAAGUCCCAGCCUCAUCAAGCACCAGAGAAUUCACACUGGUGAAAAGCCUUAUGAAUGUAGCGACUGUGGGAAACUCUUUAGCCAAAGCUCCACCCUCAUCAAGCACCAGAGAGUUCACAGCGGAGUAAGACCGUACAAGUGCAGCGACUGUGGGAAAGUCUUCAGCCAAAGUUUUGGCCUCACUCAACACCAGAGAGUUCAUAGCGCAGACAAACCCUAUGAGUGCAGUGGAGGCAGACAAUUCUCUAGCCAGAGCACACAACGGAAAGUCCUUGUGAAUGCAGCGGCAGCUGUGAUGAAGGCUUCAGCCACAAGGCUGCUCUGAUGCACCCCCCAGCAAGUGCACAGCCCAACCCACCCUUACCAGUGCACCGAAUGUGGGAAAGCCUUUGGCUGGAGGUCUAAUUUCAUUUGACAGCACAAAGUUCAUCCGGAAGAAAGGCCUUACAAUGGAGGUGGAGAAUGAGCCGGACUAUUUAACACAGCAGCAUGCGGCACCCUGGGCGGUGAUGCUGUUCCUCACCUGUAUCUGCACGUGUCCCAACUUCAUAGGCAUUAGCGGGGGUAGAUGGAUGGUAUCAUGGCACUAAAUGUCUAGUUUUUUUGCCCCCAGGCCUUCUGGGAUAAGUCACUAAUCUUGUAAUCCAAAUGUUGUGGUUUUCUGUGGGUCUAGAGGUUUUCCUUGGAGGACAGUUGUAUUUUUUGGAUCAGCCUCUUUUCAUAGUGGAGGACACAUAUGACCCUGUUUGGUAUUACUGGUCUCCCUGGAACCCCUUUCAGUACAGCAGACUGGGGCCUGGGAUGCCCCAUACCUCCCUGGGAUUGUAGAUUGUGCCUGGUUUAUAGGAAGGUUUUUGCAGAAAUUUUGAGGCCUUUAGAGCCAGGUGCUCCACUUAAAAGCAGAACUAGAACUCCAGACACCUUAAGGGAGAGGAAAUGUAAUUUUUAUGGCCCAUAGCCCCUACCUAUCCAGGGGAACUGCAGAGAUCCACACAAGCGGCCAUUUCUAAUCGGCCUGCAUCAUACUUAAAAUGUACUUUUCAUGGGGCUGGUUACUACGGGCUAUGCACUGAACAAAGAUGCAACAGGUGGUAACUGCCCUCAGUGUGACCGAGAAGGAGGAAUAAGUGGGGGGGUGGGAAAGGGAGCAGGCUUCCCACCACGGGCCUGGGCACCAGGACCCCACAGUCAUGAGUCAUGAUCUAAGGUAAAGGCAGUGCAUAAGGAUAGAGCUAUGUCACCCUCGGCCCGCAAGAACGACAAUCAGCCUGGUAUGGUGUUAAUGCUUCAUCUAUUUAUUUCGUCAACUUCCUUAGCUUAUAUGCGGCAGGGUGACCAAUAAGGGGCCAAGCAAUGGGGAGAGCCAAUGAGAGUCCUGUUACUAUGCUGAUUAAAUUUGAAACAGCCAAUGACUAUGUCCUCCUUUAGGCGGGCUUCACCAGAAUGUUCAUUGUUUUCUUGCAGCGUAUUUUGCUGGCAGUGAGCCAAGCACCAUCUUGUAAUGGUGGGGACUUUCCCGGCCGGAGGCGGUCCCCGACAUCUCUCCCUUUUUUGUUUUAUGGCAGAGAUCGUGCCUGUCUUAGGUCGUCAGUAGCAGAAAACAUCCUUACCCAUCAUCAGACACAAGAUAUCGAUGAUCUCUGUCCUGUCUUAGGUUGGUAUGUUUCUCUACUGAUCUUACCUGUCUUUGACUACCGAUCUAGUGUGCUUAGCCAUAUGUGGGGAGAUGUCCCAGCCUCUAUUGACAUAGGGGCUUGUGCUAUAGCUUGGCUCUGCUCUCGCUGCUGUGUUCUCCAUUGGUGAACGUUUCUGAAUAGAAGCAGAAUGCCAAUAAGGAGGAGGACAAGAUGACCAAUUGUACCAGCCCAUUGUUUGGUGAACUGGAACAUAUUGCUGAAUGUUUGAAAUAGCUCUGGGAGGGAAGCUGGUUGCACACGCGUACUAUUUACUCGAGUUAUCUCAGCCAGAAGGAUUCGUGUGAAAUUUUGAAAAUCGUAAGACCAAGCACCCUGCAAAUACUGGGAGAGCUGUUGGGAGGAAUUCCUGGCCUUAUUAAAUUGAGAGAAUUUUACAGAGGUAACACAAAGGGCGGGGUAGGGAACGACGCAACCAACACUCAUAAUAUCUGCCAGGAUGUCUACUUGUUCUUGCAGUAGG